CGUCUUUAUCACUCGUCUGGAGGAUAGUGCAGUAAAAGAUUUUCAAAGUUCUCGAUUAUUUUACUAUUAAAAUCAUGUAAAUUUGUGGUCAUUCAACAGUGGAAAAGCCGAAGAACGUAAAGCCGUACAAGGAUGGCAAGUGCUAGCGAGAGUUCCGAUGAAUUCUUCGAUGCCGAGGAAGAUCACACGACGUCCAACACUCCCAGUGGCAGUGGCAAGAAACGACCACCGAAAAUACAUACUGAGGCGGAGUUUCAGUAUCCGGACCCGGUGGUAAAGGAAGCUGAAAAGAUUAGUCCAGGUCAACUAUUAAACCAAAGAUCGCCAGCUGGUCAACAGUCGCAGCAGGUUAUUCCUCAACACCACAGUCGCGAAGAAUACAAGUUUGUUGAACCUACUAAAGUGUACGGUAGACAGCGAUUUCACGAACUGCGUCAGUGCAUGCAAAAUGACGAAGACGAGAAUCCUGGCAAUACACUAACACCUGAUUCGCAGAACAGUUCAGUGGAAGGUGUCUACACAUCGACUCGCACCACCCACCCAUUCAGAGUGAUCGAAGGCGAUGCACUGAGCAUACAGAGCAUGACUUCGUUAGGACGUGUCGGACGAAUCCUUGCCGGAAGUGCCAGUGUGGAUGCCAGUGGACUGAGUGUAGGCAAAGAUUCGAUAUAUCUUGCCUCGACAUCGUCCGCCCCGCAAUCAUUGAUAGCGGUUCCUUCAUCGUCAUCAAGAGACACACAACUUAGCGGUAGUUCAUCUAUUCCAUCGAGUAGUGGUGGUGGUGGUGGUGGUGGUGGUGUCGGUGCGGGUACAUCAAGUGCUGAGAACGUAAGCACAGGUAAAUAUGAUUCUAACGAAGAAGCACGACGCCAACGACAAGAAAACGCAUCUCCUAGUGGUAACGAUAAUGAGUACCGAAUUAAUAUGAAUGUUCCUCUGCAAGAACCGGAUGUAAUAGCUAGCACUAAACUUGCGCACUCCAAAACAACAGACAGUUUGAUAUGUUCCGGCCCAGUGGCGCCGCCACGACGGAAAAAGAAAACCCGAAAGUUGUCGAGCAGUUCCUCGGAACAAUUCAAUAUGAACGAAGGUCUGAAGCUUCCACCGGCAGACAGUUCUUCCACGGAGUUAACGGUUAAGCUGCCAUCGGUUCACACUGACCGUAGUUCGGAAUCUUCUUCAGCUGGAGCAGUCGGUGAGUGCCAGGCUCUUCCUAGUCCGGCGACGUUAGAAUCAAUUACAAGGGAAAUUGAAAGUUCUUUUAAAGGACCAACGGUGGCCGUUGCUAAUGGUAGUCCUGCGAUAAGUGCCACUGGAGAACCCAGCGGGGAACCACGCAAACUGUUGACCGGAUCUAUGGGGCGAAUAUCGCACUCAUUAGGGAACAGUUCAAUGUCAGUUAACUCAAAGCCUAGUCCAUCGAAUAGUGUGAAAAGCAAUUCGGCUCCUGCUCGGGUUAGCUCGAUAGAUCCAUCGCAGGGAUUGAAUAUUUAUAAGGCGACAAAGGGACAAUAUGUUGUAAAGCCGACGGACGGUGCCUUCAACAAAGCAGAAGGCCCGUCGCGAGAAGAAAUUGAACGUGUUGAAAGAAUACGACAAGAAAUAAUGGGAAAAACAGCAUCCACUAGAGCUAGUUUAUCGGGAACAGGAACGAAUAGUCUUGGAAGUGGAACAAGGUACAGCUCAUCGCUUGCGAAACAUAUACAUCUGAAGGAGCGGAGAAAAUCUGCUGGCGAUGAAGACAUGUUCAAACAAUUGAACAUUUAUGUUAAAACUAGAACGGACUCCGGUAAGCAAUUGACAGAUAUGGAAAUUCUGGAACAAAUUCCGGUGAAAAAUUUGGACACUGGUGAAAAUUUCCCACUGUCCGCAGUUGAAGAGAAGUUACCACAGUGCAUCAAUCCUCUUUCGUUGCAUAUAAUGCGACUAACAAGCCAUAUUCCGGAAUCGGAUGAGGAAUCUGUUGGACCUCCACCUGGUUCAGAAGCUCCCCCAGGAUACGAGGAGGACCUAGAAAUCGAAGAAGAAGGAGGCCGGCUGAAGAAGAAAACGGCAAAAAUAAAACGAUUCUUCCGGUCAACGGCCAAAAAGACAGUAGAUAAAGCAAAAUCAAUCGCAUCGGAGGUAUCCCAUGCGAGGCACAAAGAAGACGUUGCUGAUAUUGAAGACGUGAUGAAUCCUGAGCAAAAUAUCAAAAUUAAGGCAUCCAGUACCAACAAAGGACCUUACGAAUUUGCAAAACUACAACAUGUACAGGACCUUUCCGGAGAGCACACGGGUGCUGUGUGGUGCAUGAAAUUCAGCUCAUGUGGUCGCCUCCUUGCAACUGCCGGUCAAGAUCGUGUUCUUAGAAUCUGGGUGCUAAAGGAUGCCUAUUCAUUCUUCCAGGAUAUGCGCACAAAAUACAACGCUGCUGAUCAGAAAUCCUCUCCUACACCGUCACAGGAAUCACUAGUCUCACACCACUCAGCGGAGGAAGCUAUCGCCUUGGCUAUGGCAGCUGAAAAAUCUCCCGGUCCUUUCAUGCCCAAAUCCUUCUGCACAUACUCCGGUCACACGUCCGACUUGUUGGACGUCUCUUGGUCUAAAAAUUACUUCAUCUUGUCCAGUUCGAUGGAUAAAACCGUACGGUUGUGGCAUAUUUCCCGUAAAGAAUGUCUUUGCUGUUUUCAACAUAUCGAUUUCGUGACGGCUAUAGCAUUUCACCCACGUGAUGAUCGUUACUUCCUUAGUGGCAGUUUGGAUGGCAAGCUCAGAUUGUGGAAUAUUCCUGACAAAAAGGUAGCUUUGUGGAACGAAGUGGAUGGACAGACAAAACUUAUUACGGCUGCGAAUUUCUGUCAAAAUGGGAAAUUUGCUGUUGUCGGAUCCUACGAUGGGCGGUGCUUGUUCUACAAUACUGAUCAGUUGAAAUAUCACACACAGAUACAUGUUCGCUCGACUAGGGGAAAGAAUGCCAUCGGUAGAAAGAUCAGUGGAAUAGAACCGAUGCCUGGUGAAGACAAAAUUCUUGUAACAUCAAACGACAGUCGAAUUCGCUUGUAUGACCUGAGGGAUCUGAACUUGAGUUGCAAAUACAAGGGUUAUUUAAAUGUAUCCUCGCAGAUCAAGGCGUCUUUCUCGCAUGACGGCAAGUAUAUCAUAUCCGGUUCGGAGAAUCAGAUGAUCUAUAUCUGGAAAACGCAUCAUGAUUAUGCUAAGCUAAGUUCGGUUCGACGCGAUCGUAGUGACUUUUGGGAGGGAAUCAAAGCCCACAAUGCUACAGUUACUUGUGCGAUAUUUGCCCCUCAUCCAGAGGCUAUCAUCAAACCGGAACCGGACGAUGCAAUCAGUGUGGACAAUAUCUCCAUUACUCACCCGGCCGAUCCACUGGUGGAACAACGGAAGAAGGGCUGUGGUGGAUACGUUCUGGUAAGUGCGGAUUUCAAUGGUUGUAUCAAGGUGUUUAUCAAUAAGACCAAGCCGAAGCAUAGCAGCUUACCUUACACAGCUAUUCUCGAUUAAUGGAUGCUAAUUCUAUGACUACUGGGGGAUAGUAUCCUUAACUUGUAGAGUAAAAUCAAACAAUAUUCGCUAAAUCACAGAACGGAGAACACUAAAGUCAAGAAAGCACAGAUGCACGGAUGAUGAUAUUAUGACAUAGGUUUUGCUAAAUUGUUUCGCUGAUUAUUAAUAGCGACUUGUUCGAGGUACACUCAACAACACCAAAUAACCUUAGGACUAGCUAGCUGGACGUAACACACGCUAUUACAAUUUGGGUAAAUAAAAUGAAUCAAAAUGGGAAGUGCAGUUACAGUGAAGAAGAGCGCGUUUUACGAAAAAAAAAAAAACAAUUUCUUAUUGUAAGAGUCCGUACUUUUCGUUGAAGGGUUUUGUGUUGUUCCUCAACCUGAUUUGUGUCUUGUUCAAUGUUGAAAUGUUGUAACGCAACGGAGAAAACAGCUUUUUGCGUAGAUCUUCCCCUGUUGUUAAUCUCGUAAACUUAGUGCGCACAUUUAUAAUUCUGUCUUUCCGUAUCUCCUGAAGUCCUCAAUAAUAUAGUUUCCACUUCCAAAGCCUGUGUAUCAAGCAAGGUGUAUUAUAGGUUCGUUUAAUUGUGAAGCUUAUGGUUUUGAUAUAGGUAGUUGUAUUUUUGGGAUAAUUAAGGAAGAUAACAAUGUCACUAACGAAGAAACCGAUGUGUCUGUCAUAACGUGAAGACGUAUAGAAUGCAUGAAUCAGAAAAGAGCAACCGUGUAAUAUUCAAAUUUACUGUUACAAACUGUGUAGAUCAUCAGACAACGUUUACCUAAUUUAUUAAUGUGUAUAUAUAUAUUGAAUCUAAAAAUUUGAUAUAUUG